AUGUUUGCUGGGUAUAUAUUUUUGGUGAUUUUAUUCCAGAUUAAAGAUGAUACAAUCCUUGGAGUAGAGGGUCAAGAAUUUAUUUAUCCAAAACAACUCCCUCUUGUACGGAAGCGAGACGUUGGGCUCCCCCAUGACUACAACAUACCGGAAAUGUAUGAAGAAGAAUUGUUAUAUGAAAUAAAACUAAAUAGAAAAACCUUCCUCCUUCACCUUCUAAGAUCAAGGGAGUUCCUUGGCUCGAAUUACACUGAAACAUACUACACCUCAAAAGGAGAAGCGUUUGCGAGGCACAUUCAGAUCGAGGAGCAUUGUUUUUACCAAGGUUCCAUUGUACAUGAACUUGAUUCCGAUGCCAGUAUCAGCACAUGUAAUGGUCUGAGGGGGUUCUUCAGGAUCCAUGACCAAAGAUACCUCAUUGAGCCUGUGAAAUACUCAGAUGAGGGGGAACAUUUGGUGUUCAAGUACAAUCCAAGAGUGUUAUAUUCCACAAAUUAUUCUUGUGCAGAACUCAAUUUUACCACAAAAAUUGUUCUAAACAACACUGACUUAUCUGAGGAAGACUCUGAAAAAGAAAGCAGCCACAAAGAAAAGUAUGUUGAACUGUUCAUUGUUGCUGAUCAAAUAAUGUACCGUAGGAACAGUCAUCCACAUGAUAAACUAAGACACCGAAUUUGGGGAAUGGUCAAUUUUAUCAACUUGAUUUAUAAAACCUUAAGGAUCCACGUGACGUUGGUUGGCAUUGAAAUAUGGACAAAAGGAGACAAAAUAAAACUAGAUUCAAAUAUAAAAACUACCUUAUCACGUUUUUCAUCCUGGCAAGAAACAACCCUCAAAAAAAGAAAACAUUUUGAUCAUGCUAUUUUACUCAGUGGGCAGUGGCUCUACACGAACGCCCAAGGAAAUUCUUACCCAAAGGGUAUGUGCCUGCCUAACUUCUCUGUCAGCAUAGUCAAGGAUCUCUUACCUGACAUGAAUAUAGUUGCAAACAGGAUGGCACAUCAGUUAGGACAUAACCUUGGGAUGAGCCACGAUGCAUUCCCAUGCACCUGUCCAUUGGGAAAAUGUGUGAUGGAUAUGAGUGGAAGCAUUCCUGCAUUUAAAUUUAGUAAAUGCAGCCAACGCCAGUACAAGCAAUACCUGAAGGAUUAUAAGCCAAUGUGCAUGCUCGAUGUCCCGUUUCCUGACAAUCCAUAUGGUGCCCCGUAUUGUGGGAACAAGAAGGUGGAUGAGGGAGAAGAGUGCGACUGUGGCCCUGUUAAGGAGUGCAGUGAUCCUUGCUGUGAACCCCACACAUGCUUAUUAAAGCAAGGAUAUACUUGUGCAGAAGGAGAGUGCUGUGAAUCUUGUCAGUUGAAGAAAGCAGGGUCUCUGUGCCGACCAGCAAAAGAUGACUGUGAUUUACCUGAAGUGUGUAGUGGCCACUCCCCUGAGUGUCCUAAGGAUCAAUUCCAAGUCAAUGGAUCUCCUUGCAAGAACCAAGAAGGGUACUGCUUCAUGGGGAAAUGUCCUACUCGGGAUGAACAGUGUUCUGAAUUGUUUGAUGAUGGGGCAAAAGAGAGUGCUGAUAUAUGCUAUAAGAUGAAUAAAAAAGGAAAUAAAUUUGGAUACUGCAGAAGUGAAGAAAACAAAUUAGUCCCUUGUGAAGACAAAGAUAUCAAGUGUGGGAAGAUAUACUGUACAGGGGGACAUCAUUCCAAUAUCAUCGGGGAAUACAGGAUCUACCACCUCACAGACGCAGAGCAUAAUGACACUGCUGAAUGCAAAAGCAGGUUUUUAUACUACAGCUCUAAAGAUGUCGGACUGGUGUUUUCUGGAACCAAAUGUGGAGACGGAAUGGUGUGCAACAAUGGUGAAUGUGUAAAUACUGAAGAAGCCUACAAUGCAACCAAGUGCCCAUCUCAUUGCAAUGACAAUUCUGUGAAUGACAGUGAACUGCAGUGUCCCUGUGUCAAAGGACAAGCUCUCCCAGAUGUGGACGAAAACUUAAACCUUACCAGUGUCUCCGUAAUGGCUGUUGUGCUUAUCAUGGUUAUUAUUGGUGUUGGUGUUGUGAUAUUAUUAGUUAAAUACAAAAAAUGUAUUAAAAUGAAGCAAAAUCAGAGCCCAUCUCGAGACACACUGGGAGUGGAGAACAAAGGGUACUUUGGCGAAGAGCAGCAGGUGAAGAUUGAUCCCAUCUUAUCUGAUAUCCAUCCCCUACAUACCUCUGAAGAGUCGGUGGAGAACCUUCCAGUCAGCUUUUCAAGUCCCCACUACAUCACCUUGGACAUGACCAGCCUGAGACCUUCAGAACCCUCAUUUACUCAAAGUGGCAUGUACCUGCAUCAUUCCUUACGAGAGAGGAAGAAAUUAGCCGAAGCAAAUGAGACUGAGGAAAAUGAAUAA